AUGUGGAACCAUGGAUGCUUCAUGUUCAAAAAAUCUCAUACAUCAAUUCAGGUUGACCAUUUCGUCAGUAUCGAACUCGACUACAACAAACAUCAUUUUCACGAUGUCCAUUCAAAGUCUUGCCUUCACCUCUGCGACCACCGCCACAUUUGGACCCCCAAGGUAGUCAAACAUUGUAAUAAAGUUGAUCAACGUAAAGGGCAGCUAAAGGUUAAAAGGAUCGCCGAGGAGAAGGGCAUUGCCAAUUUGAAUGCGACAAAGGUUGACGAGCAAAUAUCGCAGAUGAAUAUCCAACCAAUUGAUGCGUCAAAUACUAUUGCUUUGAAGAAAAAGCAUGCGAACAGCAAUUGGAUUGAGCUCCGAGCUCGUGUCGAAAGCGUUGACUCGCGUGUAUUUGCCUACCAAAACGAUCCAAAGUAUCGGUUGCAGUCAGACAAAUCGAAGCAACGCCGCGCAUUAGCUGCAGCGACGUCCAAGAGCCCGGGCUGGCACUAA